AAGGAGAUUGAAGAGGACAUCCAGGAGCUCAAGACUCUGUUGAGGUCCUCCAAGCGUCCAAGAAUCUCCAACAUGUUGCAAACGCACCUGAAGAGCAUGGAGGAGCUCGCCGCUGAGCAUCCGGCGGCUCCUGCAAAGGCCUCGGGCCCUCCACCCCAGAAGCUCCCUAACGCUCCCACGUCGAGUGGCGUGACGACGGCGUACAAGGACUUUGAGAGCCUCAUGUUCCUGACUGACGAGUACAACUCACCCACCGUAACUGUCUACCUGGAGCUGAAGAACGUGGGGGAAUUCAAGGACAAGGUCCAGUGCGAGUUCUUCGUGGAUCGGGUGGACGUGAAGGUGUUAGAUAUCAACGGUGUGAACUACAGGCGGCACAUCACCAACUUGUACAAGGACAUCGUGCCUGACGAGAGCUCGUUCAAGGUGAAGAAGAACAGGAUCGAGCUGACGCUGAAGAAGGUGAAGGGAGAGUACUCCUACGAGACGUGGAACGAGCUGUGCAGCAAGAAGCGACGCGACCGGGAGAAGCAGCGAGAUCCGAUGAACAGCAUCAUGGAGCUGAUGCAGGACAUGUACGAGGAGGGCGAUGACAACACGAGGAAGAUGAUCGGUGAGGCGAUGAUGAAAUCAAGACAGGGGAAG